UUCAAUUGGUUAAUUACCAGAGACACAGCGUUCUGAUCCACUCGGUCACCACUGACAUUGUGAGCACUGCAGAUCCGUGAGAAAGAAAGAAAAAGAAACGCAGUUUUUGAACAUGGACCAAAAAGAAAUUCUCUUGAAAUUUCUUAAUGUGGUAAAAAGUAAGAGGUGUGAUAAACAGGAGAAUAUUGCGGGUGAAUUUUUGAGACUGAAAAGACAAUCGACGAAAUUCAGAAAUGACAAAAUCUACCUUUCAAGCAGCGCAGAUAAACAAGAAAAUGUUAAGAAGAACCGAUACAAAGACAUUGUACCCUUUGAUCACAGCAGAGUGAAGCUGUCGUUGAUCAUUUCUGACAAUGAUUCUGAUUAUAUCAAUGGGAAUUUUAUCAAGGGUGUAUAUGGACCACAGGCCUAUAUUGCUACACAGGGUCCUUUGCCUCACACAGUGAUGGAUUUUUGGAGGAUGUUGUGGGAAUAUAACGUUUCAAUAGUAAUUAUGGCUUGCCGUGAAUUUGAGAUGGGACGGAAAAAAUGUGAGCGAUACUGGGCUUACAGUGGUGAGGAUCCAUGUCACUAUGGACCGUUUAGUGUGACUUGUGAAAAAGAGACAAACAAAUCUGAAUAUAUUGUCAGAAUAUUGAAAGUUCAGUUUCAAAGUAUGUGCCGCACAGUUCACCAGCUUCACUAUAUGAACUGGGCAGAUCAUGAUGUUCCAUCUUCUAUCGACCCUAUCUUGGACAUGAUCACAGACAUGCGGCUCCUCCAGCAUCAUGAUGACAUCCCAAUCUGCAUCCACUGCAGUGCUGGUUGUGGAAGGACUGGAGUCAUCUGUGCCAUUGAUUACACCUGGAAGCUCCUGAAGGAUGGGAUAAUUCCAGAAAAUUUUCAUGUUUAUAACCUGAUCCAAGAAAUGAGGACACAACGUCCAUCAAUUGUGCAAACCAAGGAACAAUAUGAGCUGGUGUACAGUGCAAUCACUUACUUGUUUGAAAAUCAAAUAGAAUUCUUGAACACCAACAUGAGCCUCAAUCAAGAUUUGGUUAAAGUGACAGUAUUACCUCCUCCAAACCCUACCCUGGAUUCCACAACCUCUCUACAGCUUCACAGAUCUCCAAAAAAAGAACAAGGUUCCCAAUUGAUGGAUGAAGCCAUUGCCCCCUUCUCUCCUGCAGUUCAGGAUCACAGAUUAAAUUUAUGCCUUGAUCGGCACAACACAUCUUGUGGACUAGUCACUGACAUUUGUAGAAAUCAUAACUGUGCAUACGUUAAUGAACAAACAGAGGUCUCUUUAUGCAGUGGACAACUUGCUAUUGAGAAAAAGUUAGAGAGACACCUGAGCCUAGACACUGACAGCACAGAAGUAUCUCAGCACUCGGAACUAUUGUUUCAGGAAAAGAAAAAUACUAUAAAUAACUCUCCAUCAGCUACAAGAAGCCAAAAAUCUUGUGUGUACCACCAUCUUGAAGACACAAAGGAAUCUUUUGAAGUUAAACAGAAUCUCUUCUGCGCUUCUCAGGAGCUUCAAAACAUUAAGUGCAACAGCUCUGUGUCCCCCGUAGAAAAGAGUUGGCAUUCCUGUGACUGGGAACAUGAUCAGGAAAAGAAGAUCCUUCUCGCAUAUGGAGCAGAGACGCAAUAUUGUGUGCAUGUGAAUUCUAAUAUCCAAUCAGCAUGGACACAUUUCACUGAAGACCCCUACUUCACCUCUCCCUGCUCAGCAGAUCUUUGUCCACUGGAACUUCUUUCCUCCUCACAGCCUCUACAUACUCAUCCGAGUGUGACUGCACCAAAGGAUCUAUCUCAAAAUGAACAUGAUGCAUUUCAAAUUCCUGUGAGCUUUAGUGAACUGCCUUCAAGGCAGAACACAGCAGUAAAGCAACUUCAUGAUCCAAGUGAAAUGGAAUGCAAAAAGAAAAAUAAUGCAGUAGAUUCUGAUGAAGAAACUCCUCCCGCAUUGCCAGAACGAACUCCUGAAUCUUAUAUUUUACCAGAACAACUGGAACAACCUCAGGCAUCAUUCAACAAGCAAACUCCUGCAGUGACUGUAAAGAUUGGAACAUCUUCUGAAUGGUGUGGAGUCUCGCAGCCCAAGAGUUUUUUAGAAUCCAUGAACCUGAUGUCAAGGAGCAAGAGCUUAAAACUGAGAACAUUCCGUAAAGAAAGAAAAUGUGAUUCAUUACUGCUUCCAGUACCAUUAAGUUUACAUGAAUUCUCUGCUGAUGACCCACCUUCAGAGUCUGGGAAGGUCCCUGACACAACAGGAACAAAACAGUCAACGCUGGAUUCAGUCAGACUCUUAACAAGGAAUAAAAGUAUGAAAAUUCUACGAAUUAAGAAGAAACCAGCUGCAGGUUCUGAACCAGGAGUGUCCAGGGCACCAGAGAUUGAACGAACUGCUGAACAUGCACGCUCCUUUUUAAACUUUGGAUUCAAGAAUCGCUUCACAAAGCCCAAAGGACCGAGGAAUCCACCUUCAGACUGGAUCUAAAAUAGUCAAUUAAAUUCACUUUUCUUUCACUCUUGCGGAAAUGUAAUGACACCAACAUCCUGAUUUAUGAAUCCUGAGUUAUUUUCAGUUACUUUCUUUGUUUGCAAUUAUGAGCUUUAAAUUUAUGAGGCAGCAUUUUACUUCAUAAAUCAUAAUUUACCUUGUGAGAAAUGCCAACAGAUUGUUCACAUUUUUAUGCUAAUUAAACCAAUUGAAUAGUAAUGGUAAGGACCUUUGAAUGUAAACAUCAUUCAGAUCCCACUUCAGUAAAAUUUUGGUAAGCAUGCCACAUGUUUGCUACAUGGAAAUUUGCCCUCAUCUGUCAUGGAAAGCAUACUCUCUCGCUGGAAGGGGUUGGGGCACUGUCUGUCCCCCACCCUCUGGAACUCCAUCCCACAGUUCCUCUGCCUUGCCCCCUCCCUAGUGGUACAUGGUGGGUCAGUACUUUGACAGGACAGUAUUUUACCAUAUUCAUUACAGGAAGCUACCAUAAUUUUUCCUAGUUUCCUUCAAGACCCGUCUCAAGACCCUUCUCUUCAACCGUGCCUUUGGCCAUCCUGAACUUUCACAUCUGGAACUACAAGACAAGAAAAUGUCAAUUUUGCCAGUUUAUUUAAAAAAAUAUUUCACAGAAAUGUCAUUCUUUGCCAUUAAUUUUUUUACAAAGGAACAUUUUAUACAUUAAAACAUGCUUCAAAUUAUGAUAAAAGAAUUUCACUUUGCAAAGGUUUAAUAUCAUGAAGAGGUUUAUUUAGCUAUUUCAAAUAUACCAUUUGAUAAGAUCACUAAAAAGUUAUAAACUUCAAUGAGACAUGACUUCUAGAAUUUGCGACUUGAACUAAGGCUGUGUAAAUCAAACUGCUUUUCAGGCAGAUAGCAUUAUUACAUUAUCAAUACAGGCAAGGUUCUCAGGAAUAACACAAUGGCAGAUUGGCUUGGUUCAGAGCACUUGGGUAAGUACUUUGACAGGACAAUAUUUGCCAUACUCAUUACAGGAAGCUACCAUAAUUUUUCCUUUAGUAAAGUGAUAGAAUCAGAGGUCGAAGAACAGAGGUCUAAGCUGGAUGCAAAAUGUCAACUUCAACAGAGGGCAAGUAAAAUGGAAUCAUCUGAGGUUUGCAAAAGCAUUCAACAUAAACUUAAACUUCUCAAUUUAUUGAGAAUAACUUUCUUAGAUCCCAUGUCUAAUAUUCAGAAUAGCUAUGAAUGACCAUUUUAAAUAUUCAAUACUCAAAUAAGCUCUCAGGCAGAACCAGAUCAAUUGCAAAAAAUCUCUACGUACUCUAUGUCUGGCCAGAUACUGGAUGUUUGCCAAUUAGAGGUAGGGUAAGGAUUAGAGUGGGUAUGUCACUUUUGAGAAAUUAAGGAAAUUUAAGGAGAUGAUAAUGGUUGAAGCAUGCUGAUUGUUUGAAAAGUGCACAUUAGUGAGCAGAGCAAUUAUAUAACAGAAAUAUCAAAAAUACCUGUACAACACCCUCUGAGAGAGUAACGCUACUAGAUAGAAAUAUUAAAAAAUAAAGUAAAUAAGCAUUUUAAUUGUACUCACUACUGGAGAAAAAAACAAUCUAAAGAGUAACCUGAAGACAACCUUUUCUAGGUACAGAUCUAUGAAAAUUUAAGCAAUCUUUGUGUUUUUUAAAAAAAACUAUAAAAUAUUACAAAUACAUUAAAAUGAAUAAAAAUAUAGAAUGCCUGAGAAACAGUUUUCAACUAAUGGUCAAAUUAAAGUUCCACCAAUCAUCUGCAAUUCCAUCUGAUCAGUUACAAUCCGUAGCUGUUACCAGCUUCAGGAUAACGUUACGUUUCAAUCACAGAGAUAAGUUUAUUUUCUGAAUAAAACUACCACGGGAUACUGAGAUGUAACCUUUGUUAAUCUAAAUUGUUUUUAUAUCAUUGUUCUGCUUAAAAUGACCGGACAUCAAGGACCCAUAUCUCAGCAAGUGUGUGCGAAUCGGAGCAAUAAGACCCUUGUAUUGAGAAUAUAAAUAUCAGUGUGUAAAAGAUGCAAUUUUCUACUUAGGACUGGAUCAAAUGUCAUUGCAACAUCUAAAGUUCAAAUGCAAAAAAACUUUCAAACUUUUGAGUAUCGAUUCCAGUGAGUUAUUUCAAGUUUUAAUCUAACAUUAAAAUUCUUUCUCUAGAAGUAGUGGAUUCACACCAGGUGGGAAAUGUGUCACAGAAUCUGGCUGGGAUUAUUGAGUUACAGACACAGUAACAUUCACUCCCUAAUGCUAUCUCUACUGCCAUUGGAGACUGAUUUCAUCACUGUUCAAUUUAGACCUCUCCAAAAGUUCAAAUAUUUGAUUUCUUACUUGAAAUGAAAACCACUUUGGUAAAAAAAAUGUAUGAGAAUCUAUUUCUAAUGUCUUGUCAGUCACUUAAUUCAAAUGAACCAUUUCAGUAGGAGGGUAAGGUAGUGGUUCUGCCUGGAGCUCCUUCACACAUCCUUUUUUCUGUGCUGUAACAUUUAUGGAUUCUAUGGUAACGAGGCAGGUAAUGUAUCCAGGAUACAAGUGCAAAGCUUUCCUUGUGCCAUGGUUUCCCUCCUUCCUAAAGGAGGCACCAGCACAAGUGUUACGAUCUCCGUGACCCCAACCUAUUCUGAAUAAACAAACUUCUGGGACAGUUCAGCAUCGAACAAGAGAUGAGAGAUGAUUUAAGUAGGAGAGAGAAUGUUCAAUGCCCAGUCUACUAUUCAUUAAUUGCCUCAAAAUUGGUUAUUUGCAGCAUUUCAGUGUGGAAAGUUCAACAUUGGGGUAAAAUGUGUAUUUCUUACCCCAUUCUUUGUGUUAAUUAAAUACCAUUACUAGCGCUACUCGAGUCAGGGAGUCUUAGGUAAAACUUCUUAUUCGGAGUUAAAUCAUCAGGAAACUGAUAACAUAAAGUCAGUUAUGUUUUUUUAGUAAGUGAUUGAGAAGGUCAGGUACAGACUGGUGGCUUUUUAUCAAUGAAUAGAAACAACUUUGCAGGUUUGUAAUGUUGCUUGCACUCAGUAACAUGAGGAAUGGGUACGAAACACCUGCAAUAUUUUACAUCACAGAAAGUCCCAGCUCAUUGUGUCUGUGCUAUCAGAAUUGAAUUUUAAGUCACGUAUUUUAUUAAUACCACUUUCCAAAAGAAAUAUCCUUAAUGUUUUAUCGUCUCAUGUGCUUAUUCCAUUGUCAGUGAUGUUUUUAUUGAUUCAACCUUAGGAGCCACUUGCUAUAUAUUUAUAUUCGUUCAUUCACGAAAUGUCCAUUUGAUCACUGGAAAUGCUUUUGUUUAAACAAAUUAGAUUAUCUGCAGUACACCAAAUUUCAUUUUAUGGAAAUAAAUACCAAGAUAAUGGACUUUGUAAAUUU